AUGGCGAAAAAGGGGCCACAGGGCUGCAGCUCCCCGCGCUUGGGCGGGAGAUCCCACUGCAGGAAGCAUUGCAGGAAGAGUAAGACCGAAAUCAUAGUUCCGAGGAUCAAGAUCCAGGAGGAGGAGAAGAAGAAGAAGAGUAGUAGUAGGAUCGGAAUCAUCGAAGCUCCCAGGACCAAGACCGAGAAGAAGAAUAAUGACAAAAAUAUUGAGAUCAAAGUUCCCAGGAUCAAGAUCGAGAAGGAGAAAACCGAAGCUCCGAAGAUCAAUGCUGAUAAGAAGAAGAGGAAAGAACCGAGCUUGCCAGCAAAGAGGAAUGGGGUUUUGAUCAGUAAACCCUCGGGAUCGAAGAAGCGGAGGACGAUGGAGGAGAUCAACGCCGGUGUUAGGAGGGAAAAUGCAGGGAAGGUAGAGGAUGAGAGAGCUGUCAUCAGAGUGACAGAAAUAGGGCAAAUUUGGGCAUUCCCCAAUUCGUCUGACGGAGGAUUCCCUCGCUCCUACGCCCGAAUUGAUCGCAUCAUCCCGAUCCCUUCGCCCACUGUCGAAGCCACAUUGUUGGUCCCCGAGACUAUCCUCGAGGAAGAGAAGCAGUUCGCUGAGCACGGGCUCUCCUUGUCCUGUGGAAAGUUCAAAUCUUUUGGAAAAACAAUUACUAAAGACAUUGAUCUGUUCACUCAUGAAGUGAAAUGUGAGGUCGAAGAAGGAGAAGGGAGUUGUUUUUAUAGGAUUUUUCCGAGGAAAGGGGAGGUUUGGGCUGUGUACUGGGAUUCUGAGUACAAAUUGGUGGAGAUCGCCUCCGAUUUUAGUGAAGAAGACGGUGUGAAUGUGUUUGGAUUGAUUAAGGUUGAGGGUUUGAAUGGCGUUUAUCAGAGACAGUUGCAUGAAGGGUUUUAUCUGAUCCGGUGCUUCUCGAGGAGAUUCAUGCCGAUGUUUUCUCAUCGAGUUCUGGCAACCAAAAUCGAGGAAAGCGUGGAGAUGCGAUGGAAGGUUAUGUUUCAUUGAUCAAAGGAGAGAUGGGUUUAAAUUAUGCUGAUCAUGAAGGUAUCAUAUGUCCUUUUAUUAUUCAAGAUACCCAAUAUUUAUGUCGACGCAAGGACUUCCACCUAGCAAUGUGCAUGUAAAACUAAGGAACCAUUGAUCAGAGGCCAUCCAUGCAGUUAAGCUGUAAGGUCAGGUACCAGUUCAACUGUUCUCCUAUUUUCCCUAAAAGGAAUAGAAGAAAUUUUGUUUUAGGUGUUCAUAGUUUCAAAGUGCAUGUAUUAUUCAUCCAGACUUGUGUUAUCGUCUACAGAAAAUUCUCAGGUUAUCCCUCAGUGUUAGUGUUGUGAAACAGAUAUAAUACAAAUAGAGAUUUAUACUAAAUUUGUUGCUUUCUCUAUGCAAAUGUAGCUUGGAACUGUUCCAUCAGCAUGGCAAGGUAUAGGAACAUUAUUGUAAACUUAAUGCAACAACUAGGUUCAUGAUGCAUAAACUUUGAAGUCUAUUAUGAUGCAUGUCAAGAGGAAGAUGAAUUGACCUUUAUUGAUUAUCUCUUUUUUCUUUUUCUUUUUUUUAACCUUCACUGAUUAUCAUUCGGUGGUAUGGCUGCUGGCACGAACAUGGAGAUUGAGCAAAUGCAUAUUAAAACCGCAUUCCUCCAUGACUAAUUUUGGAGGAGAUCUACAUGGAACAACACGAAGAUGUCGAAGUCAAAGUAGACUUUGUAUGCAAAAUUGAAGAAAAGUCUAUAUCGCCUCAAGCAAGCUCCUCGGCUAUGGUACAAGAAGUUUGAUAUGCUUAUGGGGUAUCAAGCGUUCAAAAUAACGACUUCGGAUCAUUGUGUCUUUAUGAAGAGUUUUGAUGAUGACACUUUCAUCAUUCUCUUAUUCUAUGUUGAUGAUAUGUUGAUUAUUCUGCAUAACAAAUCGAAGAUUGGAAAGUUGAAGGAAAGGUUGCGCAAUUUUUUUGCAAUGAAAGACUUAGGAUCGACAAAGCAAAUUUUGGGCAGAAAGAUCUUCCAUGAUGAUAAAGCGAAAGGCAAAGAAGAAAGAUCUUCCAUGAUAAUAAAGCAAAAGGCAAAUAAGUUGUGGUUAUCACGAGAGAAGUAUCUUGAAAAGAUGUUACAAAGAUUUAGCAUGAAGACAGCGAAACAGGUUGAUUCUUCACUUGCGGGUGUCGGCCUCGAAGUAAUAUUCUUCAAGCUUGAUGCAUGUCAUGAAGAAUGUUCCUUAUAUGUUGGUAUUAGAAGUUUGAUGUAUGUCAUGGUGUGCACAAGGCCUGACAUGCACGUAGCAUGGGCUUGUUUAGUUGAUUCCUUGCAAGUCUGGAUAAAGGGCAUUAGGUGAAGGUAAAGUGGGUUUUUCAAUAUUUUAGAGGUAUUUUAAAGAAGUGUUUAUGCUUUGGAAUAGAUGAACUAGUAGUGGUUGUAUAUACGGAUGCCAACAUGGUCAAUGACAGUAAUAGUAGAAAGUCUACAUUGAGAUA